AGUAGCAACACAUUAUGCUAUCACAUAUACUCAAAAGUUAAAUAGAUUACUUUAUAGUCUUCUUAUAACUACCCAACCAGUAUGUUCUUCAAGGUUGUCGUUGUCGCUGCUGUUGUUGCUAUUGCAGUGGCACAUUAUGUACCUGUUGUCCGUGAAAUUCACCACCCUCAACCGUAUGCGUUUGGGUACAGUGUGAAAGAUCACCAUGGAGAACAACACAGAGAAGAAUCUGGAGAUGGUCAUGGAGUGAAGGGCAGCUAUGGAUUCACCGACGCCAGGGGUAUACAUAGGCAGGUCAACUAUGUUGCUGAUCAUGCCGGAUUUCGAGCUCAAAUCAAGACCAAUGAACCGGGAACUGCUAAUCAAGAUCCUGCAGCAGUCAAGGUGAUCUCAUCUGCACAUGGUGGAUAUGCACCUAUUACUAGUGGAGGUUAUGGAAUUGGAGUUGGAUCAGCUGGUAUUGUUGGAGGCCUUGGAGGAUACGGUAACGCUUACAGUGGCUACUUGCAUGGUGGUUCUAUAUCUGGAUAUGACAGCAGAUAUGGUGCUUACUGAAAUAUGUUCCGUACCCAAGAUAUCGUAAAUGGCCGUCGAGUUAUUUCCUUAAUCUGAUGCAUUACGGGUUCAUAACAUUUCUUAAACAUAGCUUACCUCAAUUCUUAUUGAAGAAAAAUGGUUGCUUUGCUUUGUUAUUUUUUCUUAUUUAGAUAUGCUUGUUUCAAACAUCUGAAACUUGCACUGUGAAAGAUUUUUUCUUUCUGAGCCAAACGCGGGUUUCUCAGUUCCUUUGGUAUAUUGUGGUUCUUAUAUGUACUUAGCAAAUGAAUAAAGUUCAUUUAAAAAUCUG